GUUUUACCCCACAGCCUGCGAGGCAGGCCGGCUCCAGCGCCUCGCCGCGUUCCGCUUGCGAAGACUCUCUCGCUGAUACAAGAGUUAUCGAGUGAGCUGGCGAAAAUACAGAAGAUGACUCACCCUAAGGCUGAUAGGGAUGGCGAAAGGGUUACAUGUUUUUGUUGUGGAGCAGAA